UAUAAAUGAUUUCUUCCUAUCUGCUUAACCUUAAGACAAAUUUACCUUAUACUUGUGUUGGUAGAAAAUAGACGGUACCUCAUAAUAAAAUAGUCGAGGUGCGUGCAAGAUAGCUUAAUUGAGUAAUACAUUAUUAAAAAAAAAAAAAAACUUUUACACAACCAUUAUAUAAGUCGCAUCAUUAAAUUAAAUCCUAUUUAAUUUGCUACUACUAUAAAAAGAACAAGUCUUCUAGCUUUCCCCUCAACAACGCAUUCAACUCUAUCAUCCAAUAUCAGUGCCAAAAAUCUGAAAAUGGACAUAUCAUCAAAAGAUCAAAGCAAGAAUAUUAUGUCGAAAGAAGAAGAAGAAGAAGAUAUCCUAAAUGUUAUGCAAUUGCCAAUUGGUUUAGCCCUUAACAUGGUCUUGAAAGUCACUAUGGAACUUGGUAUUUUUGAUCUUUUGUCACCAAAUGCACAAUUAUCCUCUUCUCAAAUUGCCUCCAAAAUUCCAACAAAGAACCCUCAAGCCGCACUUAUGAUUGAAAAGAUUUUGAGUUUUCUUGCUAGCCAAUCUUUGUUAAGAUUUACUCUUUGCAAAGAGGAUGAAAAUGGACUUAAAAAAAGUCCAUUGUAUAGUUUGACACCUUUGAGUAGAAAACUUGUCUCUAAUGAAGAUGGUGUGUCACUUGCUCCCACAUUUCUCUUAUUGAACGACCAAGCCAUGGUUAAUUCUUGGUUUCACUUGAAGGAUGCAAUUCUUGAAGGAGAAAUACCAUUCAAUAAAGCCCAUGGAAUGGGUGUAUUUGAAUAUCAUGGAAAAGAUAGUAGAUAUGCAGAUAUUACUAACAGAUCUACACAAAACAUAAACAAGACAACCAUAAGUACAAUUCUUGAGUCCUACAAUGGAUUUAAGGAUGUAAAACAAUUGGUAGAUGUUGGAGGUGCUCUUGGUUUAACAAUGGCUUCUAUCGUUUUCAAGUACCCUCAUAUUAGGGGAGUUAAUUUUGACUUGCCCCAUGUCAUCAAGGACGCUCCUGCUUAUCCAGGGGUUGAACAUGUUUCAGGAGAUAUGUUUCAAAGUGUCCCACAAGGAGAUGUGAUCUUCAUGAAACAUGUGCUCCAUGAUUGGGAUGAUGAUGAUUGUGUAAAGAUACUGAAGAAUUGUUGGAAAUCUAUACCUAAUUCUGGUAAGGUGGUGCUAGUUGAACAUAUAAAGCCAGAGUAUCCAGAAACUGAUGAUCUCAUUUCCAAGAAUGCAUUUUUCCUUGAUGUGUUUAUGAUGAUAGUUACUCCUGGAGGAAAAGAAAGAACAAAGGAAGAAUUUGAAACCUUAGCCAAAAAAGCUGGAUUUUCUGGUUUCAAAAUCGUAAAUUCUGCAUUUUUAAUUUGGAUUAUGGAAUUGUAUAAGCAGUAACUUUCUGAUUCACUCUUGGUAAGGGUGCUUUAC